CUUCCCUCUGCCGCUUGGUUACCGGCCGUUCUCCUUUCGAUUCUUCUCCUCCUCUUCCCAGUUGUCGAAGGCUGCCGCCGACAAGUAAUCCCUCCAUCACCUAUGCCUACCCUCUGCUGUUUAUCUUUGAAGCUGCGUUGAAUGUCUCUUGAAACAUGGAGGAAAAAGGCAGCUACAACCAGUAUUUCCUGCCUCAUGCUUGCCACAUUCAAAUUGUUCACGACUUUUUAUCUUUAGGUGUGGAUGUUUAUGCUUCCUCGCUAUCUCUGGUGCACUCUGUUUCGUUAACCAUGGUUUGGACAACGAUGAUGAACCCUACAGACCUGUAAUGAUUAUUGCAGAUAUGAUUGCAUAAUCAAAGAACAUCUAAGGGACUGAGUUGUCAACCUCGCAAGCUGUUUUAAGACGCAGGAGGUUUUUUUUUAAUCUCAUAUAGUGUUUUUCCCCCUUGAAAUGUUUGAUAAAUUAAAUUUAUUUACAGUGAUGUCAAGUUCCAAAAUAAUGACUUUUCUUGUAUUCCAAAACAACGGACAGCGAUGAUGAGCCUACAGACCUGUAAUGAUCAUUGCAGAUAUGAUUGCAUAAUCAAAGAACAUCUAAGGGACUGAGUUGUCAACCUCACUGGCUGUUUUAAGAUGCAGGAGGAUUUUAUAUCUAAUCUAGGGCUUUUUUUCUUGAAAUGUUUGCAUAAUACAAUGAUGUCAGCUUCCAAAAUACUGACAUAUGUAUUUGAAAAUAAUGGACAAUGAUGUAAUGAUUAUUACAGAUAUGAUUGCAUAGUCAAAGAACAUCAAGGGACUGAGUUGUCAACGUACAGGCUGUUAAAAUGCAAUGAGUUUUCUUUAUAUCUCAUCUAUUGUUUUUUUGCUUCAUAUGGUUGUGUAAUGAAAUUGAUCUAUGAUAAUGCCAGGUUCCAAAAGAAUGGCUUUUCCUGUAUUUCAAAUUAAUAGACAACAAUGAUGAGCCUACGGACUUGUAAUGAUUAUUGAAGAUAUGAUUGCAUAAUCAAAGAACAUCUAAUUGACUACGUUGUCAACCUUGCAAGUUGUUUUAAGAUACGGGAGGUCUUUAUGUUUCAUCUAGUGGUUUUUUUAAAUGUUUGUGUAAAUUAAAUUGAUCUAAAUGAUGUUAGAUUUUAAAAUAAAUAAUGGACAACGAUGAUGAGCCUACUAGACCUGUAAUGAUUAUUGCAGAUAUGAUUGCAUAAUCAAAGAACAUCUAAGGGACUGAGUUGUUAACCUUGCAAACUGUUUUAAGAUGCAUGAGGUUUUUAUUUCUUUCUCACCUAGUACUUUUUUUUCUCUUGAAAUGUUUGCACAAAUAAGUUUAUCUACACUGAUGUCAGGUUCUAAAACAAUGGGUUUUCCUGUAUUCUUUUAACAUUUUGCAUCGUUACUUGGUCACUGAGGAUUAUCCCUUUUUCAAAAGUAAUCUUUUUCUUGUUAUCAUGUCCAUCAGUUAUCUGUUGCAUGUCUCACAUAUGCUAUCCAAGGAUCCCAGCUUGCCCUUCCCAUACAGUCUUGGCUGCUUGUUCAGGUGGUGGCUAAUGGGAUUGCAGAAACAAUACAUUGUUUUGACAAGCAGGAACAAGAAUUCUGUUCAUGAGGGCAGUGGUUGAUCUGUUCACCUAUAGCCACUUUUAAUUAGUCUUGUGAGAUCAUGUCAUUAGAGUUGAAGUCAUUUCACAUAAUACAACAAGAAAACUGCCAAUUUUAGAUGUCUGGGAGAACUUUCUGGUCUAAAGGAUGCUCAGCUUGUCCUCUCUUGCUUCUUGGAAACCAUACUCAAGAGAUCUACAGCAGCAUUUGUUCUUGAUGCUUCAAGGAUGCAAGAGCAUGAAGCAACUUACUCAGUUGCAUGCAAAAUUGGUGGUUAAUGGCUUCUCCUGCAAGAAUGUCCUCAUCACCAAGCUUCUCUCCUGCUGCAUUGUGUCAGGGAAUAUAACAUAUGCAUCUCUAGCUUUUGACCAGGUUGAGGAACCAAACACCACCCUCUGCAACCAAAUGAUCAGGGCAAUUUUUCAUGGAGAUUUGCCGGAGAGCUCCUUUACCAUCUACAAUUGGAUGAGAAGAAGAGGGAGGACAGAUACGCUGCAGCCCAAUGGUUUCACAUAUACUUUCCUCCUUGCUGCCUGUGCUAAGGCGGGGCCAAAUUUCUUGCCACAAGGGGAGCAAUUGCACUGUAGAAUCAUUUCUGGUGGCUUUGAUUCCAGUGUGUACAUUCAGACUAAUUUAAUAAAUAUGUAUGCUGCCUCUGCCACCAUGAGAGGUGAGUCUAUCGCUAAAGCUCAUAAGAUAUUCGAAGAGAUGCCCCAGAGAAACAUUGUGUCAUGGAACACCAUGUUGGCUGGAUAUUUGCAAUCUGGGGAUGUGGCAACAGCAUUUAGGUUCUUUGAUGACAUGCCUGCUAAGGACAAAGUGUCGUGGACCACCAUGAUUGCAGGUUGUGCGCAGGCCGGUAAGAGUGGUCAGGCACUCACUCUAUUUAGUCAGAUGAGGAUAUCUCGAGUAAAACCUGAUCAAGUUACAAUGAUCGCUGUCCUGUCAGCAUGUGCAUGUUUGGGAGACUUGGAAUUGGGACGUUGGAUCCAUGCACAUGUCUGCAAUUUCUGGCAUGGAAGAGAAUGUCUGGUGAAUCUGAAUAAUGCACUCAUCCACAUGUAUGUUAAAUGUGGAGCUAUUGAUGAUGCAUUUCAGGUCUUCACCGAGAUGCCUCGUAAAAGCACUGUCACGUGGACGACCAUGAUCGCAGGCCUUGCAACCCAUGGUUAUGGUGAUCAGGCACUAGAUCUAUUCCAAAGAAUGCAGUGCAAGGGAUCAGAAAAUGAGAAGCCAGAUUGGUUGACCUUUAUUGCGGUUCUAUGUGCCUGCAGUUACACGGGUAGGAUUGACAAGGGGCUUUGCUACUUUGAGCAGAUGAUUUCAAUGUAUGGAAUCAGACCAAAAAUACAACACUAUGGAUGCAUUGUUGACAUGCUCAGCCGUGCAGGUCACUUGAACAAAGCCCAAGAGCUGAUUAAAAUGAUGCCAGUGGAGCCUAAUUCUGCUAUCUGGGGAGCCUUGCUUGGUGGCUGUUGGAUACAUAAGGAUGAUAAACUUGCAGGCCAGGUGAUCCACAGAAUUAUGGAACUAGAACCAGACCAGGUGGCUGGCCACCUUGUCUCUGUAUCCAAUUUGUAUGUUGCAUCUAUGAAGCGAGGUGAUAGUCAAAUGUUCAGGGAUAUGAUGUUGGAAUUGGGCAUUAGAAAGCCUGCUGCUUGCAGCUUAAUAUAUGCAAAUGGGUCUAAUUCAUGACUUCUUGGCUGAUAACUGGAGCUUCCACCUUUGUUCAGCACAUCAAGUAUUUCAUCGGAUGCCGCCAAUACCGGUGAUCGGGCAAGAGGCAGCUCAUGACUUUCUAAUGCACAAUGUCUGGUCCAUUUCUGGUUCUAGCGCACAAAAUUGGUAAUCUAAAUGAAGAGAUUGUCAAACUACAUAGAGCCAUGACGAGUAUUUGUUCCAAAGGUUGUCUGUACUAGAGAGGAUGGUGCUCUCAUCUUGUCUCAUUUUUUGUUCCUUUGAAGAUUGGUCCAUUCUAAUUCCAACGACACAAUUUUAUUGGACACCUGAAUUUGGUUGUCUGGAUUACAGAGGUCGGAAGAUUGAUGCACCUUUGUACAAGAUGCUAUUUGGUUGUCUUGAUGUUUAGAGUUGUAAUUUUUUUCUUGGUAGUCAGGUCAUUGAGGAACAUGUAUCAAUUGCAAUUCUUGCUAGGUAGUUGCCUUUAUAAUCUUUGUGGAUUAUUUUUAUUGCUAUUGUUACUUUUAUGUUUAUUUGGGGUGUUAUUGUGUUUUCUCCAUCAA